AUGGAACAUGAGAAUCAAACUUCAUUGACUGAGUUUGUCCUUGUUGGCUUUCCAUAUCCCAAUAGUCUGAAGGAAGCUUUAUUUCUCUUAUUCCUACUCAUCUACUUACUGACACUCUUUGGCAAUCUUCUGAUCUUACUGGUUGUGCUAUCUAAUCCCCAACUCCACAAGCCCAUGUACUGGUUCCUCUGCCAUUUGUCCUUUCUAGACAUGACAAUCUCCACCGUGAUUGUUCCCAAGUUAAUUGCUGGAUUUUUAGAAGGCGGGAGGAUUAUAUCCUUUGGAGGUUGUGUAUGUCAACUCUUCUUCUUCCAUUUUUUGGGUUGCACAGAAUGCUUCCUUUAUACAUUGAUGGCCUAUGAUCGCUUUCUGGCUAUUUACAAACCAUUCCAUUAUGGCAUCAUCAUGAACCGUAGGACAUGUCUCUUCCUGGCAAUGGGCACCUGGGUUGGAGGAUGCCUUCACUCCAUGAUGGAGACAGCCCUUGUUUUUCGUUUGCCCUUUGGCUGGGAAAACCAGGUCAACUAUAUCUUCUGUGAUAUCCCAGCUGUGUUGAAGCUGGUCUCUGCUGACACAGCACUCAAUGAGAUGGUAACCAUGGUGGAUGUUGGGCUUGUGGCCACCACAUGCUUCCUUCUGAUUUUGACUUCCUACAUGUACGUUGUUUCCACCGUCCUGAAGAUCCGCAGUGCCCAAGGUCGUCAACGGGCUUUCUCUACCUGUACUGCUCAUAUAAUUGCAGUGGUGACCUACUAUGUGCCCCUUGUCUUCAUCUAUUUGAGACCAGGAUCUCAGGAUCCACUGGAUGGAGUAGUGGCUGUCUUCUACACAUCACUGACUCCACUUUUGAAUCCUAUUAUCUAUACACUAAGGAACAAGGACAUAAAAGUUGCCAUCAUAAACUUGUGUAGGAGAUCAUGCUAA